AUGGCCCCCUCCGUUACAUCUCUCGCCCUCGCGGCUCUGGCCUUCGUCGGCGACGUCAGGGCUACCAAGUACACCCUCGAGGACACGUACAACCAUCUGAACUUCUUUGACAAGUUCAACUUCUUCGAGAGCCGAUAUGGUACUGGUGAUUAUAACGAUGUGGACCCUACUUGGGGCUACAUCAAUUACCGCAACCGGGCAGAUGCAGAGGCUCUGGGCCUCAUCGCGACCGUUGGUGAGGAAGUCUAUUUGGGCGUCGACCACAUGAGCAUCACAGAGUAUCCCGGUAUGGGCCGCAGCAGUGUGAGGGUGGAGAGCAAGGCCACAUACAAUAAGGGGCUCUUCAUUGCCCGUCUGCGGUACAUGGCCUGCCUUACUGUCAACACACCCGUCAUCCACACCGGCCGCGCAUCGGAGAACGGGACAUGCUAUCUGGGCAACGAGGGCCAGACCUCGACAGUGACCCACGCCAACUGCGACAACUUCGGCGGUCUCUGGGACAACCAUGGCUGCACCACCGAAGCAACCCAGGCCGACCCCUGGGGAUCGUCCAACGGCGGCGUCUACGCGCUCUGGGGCACCCCCUCCGUCCUCGUCGCCAACGACCUCUGCAACAUCGACGGCCACUUCGCCGACCAGAGGCUCAGUCUCAACAUCAACUUCUGCGGCGCCGCUGGCCUGAGCCACAUCUGGGGCGAGAGCUGCAGUGGCAAGACCCAGGAAGAGGUGUGCAGCAACUACGUCGCUAACAACCCGUACGAUUUCGCGGACGUUUACUGGCUGAUUCAGGACAUUCGCGUCUUUGCCCAAGCUCCUCCGGCAGAGCCUAGCUCCUCCAGCGCCGUUCCGUCUUCCGCGUUCCCCUCCAGCGACAUUUCCUCCUCGAUCGUCUCCUCCAGCGAUGUUCCCGUCUCUGCCAUCCCCAGCAGCUCGGAGCCUCCCAUCGUGAUGCCUUCCCCCACCUUCCCCCCCAGCAAUGUUUCCGUCUCUGCAACUGAGACCUCGGCCCCAGCCAGCGAGAUUACCGUCGACGUCCCGAGCUCCUCCAAGGUGCCGACCCUGACGUUCCCGACUUUCCACUUCACCAACAGCUCGGCUCCUGAGCCGCCCGCGACCUCGAACGUGGUGCCCGCGCCGACCACCACUCCGGAUGUCGUUUUGCCACCGACUACUCGCUUCAUCCCCUCGACCGUCUACACCACCCGCAUCAUCACCGUGACCAGCUGCCCCCCCACGGUCCCCGACUGCCCCGGCACCGGCCCUGGAAACCCGGGUUAUGUCGUGACCGAGACGGUCCCGCUCUACACCACCGUCUGCCCCGUCGUCGUGUCCACCCGGACCAUCAAGCGCAUCCACUCCGUCACCUCUUGCCCCCCUUCGGUCCCCACGACCGCUUGUCCUUAUGGAAGCAUCACGACUGAGACCCUCACAACGACCAUCACUCGCGUCCUUGAUGGUGGUCUUCCCGUCCCCACUACCGUCGAUACCGUCUCUAUCCCCUCGCCUUCCGCGCUUGCGGGCCAUGACGACCACGACGACCAUGAGGGUGACAAGGGCGAGCACCCAGUUGACGGUGAGCGCCCGGAUGAGGGGGACCAUGGCGAUGUAGGUCACGGUCCUACCACGACCGUGUACAGCGAGGAGACCGCCACCAUCAUCCCCGUCCCCGUCGAUACUCCUGGACCUGCGCCUCCUCACAACAACUUCACCGUCCCUUCGAUUCCCGCACCUGGUGGUGCCGUAGAAUCCGGCCUUCCCGAGUUUAGCGGCGCUGUUCGUCAAGGCGCCAGUUUCGGUGCCGGCUUCGCAUUGCUCUUCGUCGCCGGCCUUCUUCUGUAA